AUGACAUCGACGCCGAUACUGGCCGCCCGACCUUCGGUGACCCGGCUUGUAUCGCCGAAGGUCGGUGCGGUCCCAUUUCCGGUCAAGUCCAUCCUGCGCGAAUCGUCUGCUCGGUCGCUGGAGUACAGCCAAAAUACGUUGAAGCGGAAAAUGGACGACCGCUACGACAACGAUGGCCAGCACAGCGCCGACAAGAAGCGUCGUCUGGCGGCCGACGACAGCGACGAGGAGAGCGAUGUUGAGGAAGAAGAUAAUGGCCAAAGCCAAAGCAGCGAGAUGCAGAUGAAGAAGAGGAUCACAGACGCCGAGGUCAAGGCCGAAUUAAUACGAAAUGGAGAGGAGAGUGAUGCCACCGGCGACGACAAUGAUGCAGGGACUGGCACGCCCGCAAUGGUGAAGCGGCAGAAGACAGUGCACUUCGACAUGAACCUGAACAUCACCACGGAGGUCGGCCGUCGCACACUCGAAGAAACCAAGCUGCUGGUACGGCGGGCACUCGAAAGCCACCUUCUUGCUGGUCGUCCUGGCCAUGACGACCAGGACUUUAUUGAGCUCGUCGAUGUGUUCUCCCACGACACUGAGGCGUACCGCGAUCCACGGCAAAGCCACCGCCACGGAAGUGCCGACGACGACGAGGGCGAGGGCAAUAUGGUGCCGCCCGACGAGCUUGUGCUGUACGUGGUGGCUCUUACUGCGUCUGCACCGUUACUGAACAAGUCGUGCAUCAAUCUGGUGCGCAAGAUGCUUGCGUGCUCCUGGAUUGGCCGCGACGACAAUGCCCAAGGUGCCUACCUCCGACCGGUUCUCGAAAUGAUUGUCGACCGCUUCAAGGAACCCAGCGCCUCGUCUUGGACCGUUCCCGACUUUCCUCCCGUCUCCCGCGAGACCACUCAGAAGAGACUGCACUUUGGCCUCAAAUACAUGCUGCGGCUGUUCCCGGCUGCUCGGAUGCUCGUGUCCAAGCUCGUGGCCCAGAAGUUUCCCUUCCCCGCCGAGUCCAAGAGUAUUCACAUGUACUACAUCGACAACUUGUUGCGGUUGCGCGAAUAUGCUCCGACCAUCGGGCUCGAGAUUCUUGAGACCAUCACAUCGCAGCUCGUCAAGAUCGACACAGAGUUCCAACUGGACCUAUCUGACAUGGACGAUGACCUGGCUGCCAAGGUCGUUCUCGAGCUUGCCCGGAAAAACGCCGAGAGAGAUGCCGUCACGGCCCGCCGCCUGGACGACGAGCGAGAUGAUAGCGACGACUCCGACUCCGACGUUGACGAGGACGACGACCUCCGCGCGGAUCGCGACGAGUUCGACUCCGACUCGGAAGCCGACGAGACCGAUAUCCCCCAGUUUGGCGACCCGGACUACAACGAAGAGCUGGCACGCGUCGACAAGUCCACACGGCUGGUGGAGAAACUUGACUCGACGCUCGACCGCCUGUUUGCGCUCUUCACCCCUGUCUUUGAGGAUCCCGACUCGGCGGCGGCCCACAGAUGUAUGGAGGACAUGCUGUCCGACUUUGCCAACUUUGUGCUUACGGUGCCCAGUUCGCGCCACACCCAGUUCCUGGUCUUCCACUUCAGUCAAAAGAGCCUGGCGCUGCAGGACAUGUUCACCGGCACGCUGCUGAACCUGGGCUUCGAGUCCAACCGCCCCGCGGCCGUCCGGCAAUCCGCCGCUGCUUACCUCAGCAGCUACGUGGCCCGGGCCGCACGGGUCCCGCGCGACACUGUGCGCAGCGUGGCGAGCAUUCUCUGCCAUCGCAUCGAGUCCUAUCGCCGGCGUCACGUGGCCACUUGCGGCGGGCCUGAUCUCCGCCGCUUCCAGGAGCUGUACUCAUGGGUGCAGGCACUGCUGUACAUUUUCUGCUUCCGCUGGCGCGACCUGGUGGACGCCUACCCGGAUGAUCUGGUAGAUCCAGAGGACCCGGCAUCAUUUGUCGGCAAGGAGCUCGAAUGGAUGUCUGGCCUCAAGCAUGCACUGAGCAACAUCAUCUACUCGACCUUCAACCCACUGAUGGUGUGCUCGCCGCCCAUUGUGGCGGAGUUCGCCAAGCUGGCCCACUCUCUGCAUCUCAUGUACGUUUUCCCUAGGAUCGAAAGUAACAAGAGCAUCCACCUGUCAUCGUUUGCGUCGGGCCGCUACGGCCAUGGCGAUGCCCUGCGCGAAGACGCGGGCUACACGGUGGAGGACGAGAAAUGGCUGCAGCUCGAGGGCAACUUCCCCUUUGACCCCUACAACCUGCCCAUCAGCAAGCGGUGGCUUGAGGGCGACUACGUCUCGUGGACACCGAUUUCCGGGUUGGGCGGUGGCGGCGACAGCGACGACGGCGAGAGCGACUCGGACAGCUACGACGAAGACGGCGACGACCGGUUAUGA